AAAACGUUGAAAGAGAAACGUUGAUAUCAGUUAAAGCUUUAAUUCAAGCAAUUUUUUUUAACAAAUAAAAUAUACAAAAAUGGCAAAAGUUACGGAAACUAAACCUAAACCUCGACAUAUAUUACAACUAACAUCUGAAGAGAAGCGAAAGUUUCUAAACUCAUUCGAUAAUGUAUUUUCCGACAUUGAUGGGGUCGUGUGGGAUUUGGAAACAGGUAUACCAGGAUCAGCCGAUGGAUUUGAAGCCAUUAGAAAAGCUGGCAAAAAAUUAGAUUUCAUAACGAAUAAUAGUGUUCGCCCACUAAAAAGUUAUGAAAAACGAUUCAAAGAUAUGAACUUGGAUAUAGAUGUGUCUGAAGUAAUAAAUCCUGCUAAGAGUGUUGUGGAAUAUUUAAAAGAUAUUAAAUUCAAUGGUCUUAUUUACGUGAUAGCGGGAACAACGUUUAAGAGUUAUUUUAAAGAUGCUGGACUUAAAUAUAUUGAUGGACCAAAUGAAAUAAUUCAAGAAUCCGCAGUAGAGGUUCUGACACAUGCUUUUGAUCGCCAGAACGUAGAUGCGGUAGUAAUCGAUGUAGAUUUUAAUAUGUCUUCCCUGAAGUUGAUAAAGGCACAUGUUUAUUUAAAAAAUCCGAAAUGCUUACUAAUCGCGGGUGCAACUGAUUUGUAUUUACCAGUUACAAAAGAAUGGAACAUAUUGGGCCCUGGUCAUUUUGCUAAUAUAUUAAAUGUAUCUACUAAACAGAAUAUGAUCACUUUGGGCAAACCUGGCAAGGCCUUAGCUGAUAAAAUAAUAAAGCAAUACAAGAUCACAAAUCCUAAGCGUACCCUUAUGAUCGGUGAUAUGUUACAACAAGAUAUAGGGUUUGGAAAAUUAUGCGGAUUUCAAACUUUACUCGUUCUAAGUGGCGGUUGUUCGCUCAAAGAAAUGGAGGAAGAAACCAAUCAGAAUCAAAUACCGGACUACUACGCUGAUUGCGUUGGAGACUUUAUUAAUUUUAUGGAUGAUUUGAAAAAAGCUAAUGUUUAAGACAUGAACAUAUGUUUAUAUUUGCAUAUAUGUUUAAGGUAUAUAGUACACUUCGACGUAUUAGACAGGUUAAAAAAAUGUUUUGUAUAACUAUUUA